AUGUCUGCUACAAGUGAACUCAUCUUCUUCGUCAACGGGAGGAAGGUCAUUGAGAAGAAUGCCGAUCCUGAAGAAGUAUUACUUAGCUUUCUCCGAAGAAAAGUGGGUCUGACUGGGACCAAGUAUGGAUGUGGUGGAGGAGGAUGUGGUGCCUGCACCGUCAUGGUGUCCCGAUACGACCGCAUCCGGGAGAAAGUCCUUCAUUACACCGUCAACGCUUGUCUACAGCCUAUAGUAACCCUGCACGGGGUUGCCGUGGUGACAGUCGAAGGAAUCGGCAGCACUAAGACCAAACUCCACCCUGUCCAGGAGCGCAUAGCCAAGGCCCACGGCUCCCAGUGUGGCUACUGUACCCCUGGUAUGGUCAUGUCCAUGUACACACUGCUGAGGAAUAAACCUCAGCCCAAUAUGGAGGACAUCAGAGAAGCUCUGGGAGGAAAUCUUUGCCGCUGCACAGGCUACAGACCUAUCAUUGAUGGAUUUAAGACCUUCUGUGGCAGUGAGCAGUCGGGAUGUUGCCAAAAUGGGGGCAGCGGGGGAAAGUGUUGCAUGAAAAAUGGAAUAAGCCACAAGGAGGAAAAUGAUAUCUGUGAGGAACUGUAUCAACUAGAUGAUUUUUUACCGCUGGACCCCUCCCAGGACCUCAUCUUCCCCCCGGAGCUGAUGAUAAUGGAGAAGAAGCCCGGUGGAAGCCCCCUCUGUUUUCAAGGAGAACGAGUGCGGUUGGUCGCGCCGGUCGAGUUGAAUCACCUCCUACAACUGAAGGCAGAACAGCCUGAGGCGCCGCUGGUGGUCGGCAACACAACCAUUGGACCGAAGGUGCUUCUAAAAGGAGUCCAUCAUCCUCUGGUGAUCUAUGCUGGGAGGGUUUCUGAGCUCAGCACCCUGACAUGGGGAAAGACUGGCCUGAGCAUAGGAGCUGCCUGCACCCUGAGCACAUUGAAGGAGGAGCUGGAGAGGGCCACGGGGGAAAUUGAGGAGGGGAGGAGCAAGGGCUACCUGGCACUCCUCCAGACACUUCAGUGUCUGGCGGGGAAGCAGAUCCGCAACAUGGCGACCGUUGGCGGUAAUAUUCUCAGUGCUAAUCCCAAGUAUGACCUCAGCAGUGUUUUGGCUGCCUUGGAUUGCACUCUGCAUGUCAUUUCUGAAGGUGGUUCCAGAAGCAUUCUCCUGAAUGAAGAGCUCUUCACUGACUUUGGUCGAACAUCGCUCAAACCAGAUGAGGUUCUACUGUCUAUAGACAUCCCCUAUACCAAACCAUGGGAGUUUGUGGGGGUCUUCCGUCAGGCCCAGAGGAGAGAGUUGGCCUUUUCAAUUGUGAAUGCGGGGAUGAAAGUCUUCAUCAAAGAGGGGACCAAUCUUGUGGAGUCCAUCAACAUCUUCUACGGUGGACUAGGACCAACCCUGGUUAGAGCCAGACGUACAUGCCAGCAGCUGGUCGGCCAGUCUUGGGAUGAGAACCUCCUUUCGGAGGCCUGUCGUCUCCUGGAGGAGGACGUGGAGGUCUCUCCCUCGGUCCACGGUGGUAAGGCGGAGUACCGCAAGACGCUCAUCCUCAGUUUCUUCUUCAAGUUCUACAUGCAGAUGGUCCUGGAGCUGACGGAGAAGAACGUGUUAGCGAGCGAUCUUCCCCUGGAAUACCUGAGUGCUCUGAAGCCCUUCAAGAACCAGGUGCCGCAAGGUCAUCAGUCCUUUCAGUUGGUUCCUGAGGCGCAGUCUUCCUAUGACCUUGUGGGUCGCCCCAUGGAGCACCAGUCGGCCUUGCAGCAGGCCACGGGCGAGGCUAAGUACUACGACGACUUGCCACCAGUCCAGGGAGAGCUCUUUGUCUUCAUGGUGACCAGCACAAGAGCACACGCCAAGAUCAUUAAAAUUGACCCAUCAGAGGCCCUGAAGAUGCCCGGUGUUGUCACCUUUCUCUCGGCCGCCGACGUUCCCGAGACAAACCAAAGACUGUGGAAAAACAACCCAGAGAAACUCUUUGCUGACGAGGAGGUGUGCUGUGUGGGUCAGAUCAUCGGGGCGGUGGUGGCAGAGAGCAGGGAGAAGGCCCGGACAGCUGCUCCGAAGGUCCAGGUCACCUACCAGGAUCUUCAGCCUGUUUUCUUCACAAUACAGGAUGCUAUUAAGCACAAAUCUUUCUUUGAGCCAAAGAGGAAAGUGGAGAGGGGUGAUGUGGACAAAGCCUUUGGGAAUGUGGAUCAUAUCCUAGAGGACGAGUUUCAGAUGGGAGGCCAGGAGCAUUUCUACAUGGAGACCCAGGGUGUGAUUGCCGUGCCCAAAGGAGAGAAUGGAGAGAUGGAUCUGUUUGUUGCCACCCAGCAUGCUGCUCUCACUCAGGAGGUGGUCGCUCUCACUCUGGGCAUCGACACCAACAAGAUCACCUGCCAUGUGAAGAGGCUGGGUGGCGGGUUUGGAGGAAAAGUCAUGAAAAUCGCCACCUUCUCAGCUAUAACCGCCGUUGCCGCACACAAGACAGGGAAGGCUGUGCGCUGUUCCCUGGAUCGAGGUGAUGACAUGCUCAUCACCAGUGGCAGACACCCCUUCCUCGGAAAGUACAAGGUUGGCUAUAACAAAGACGGCACUGUUGUGGUAGCUGACAUCACUUUUUACAGCAAUGGAGGAUGCACGCUGGAAGAGUCAUUAUUCGUCAUGGAGAAGGCUCUGCUCCAUAUGGACAAUGCUUACAAGAUACCUAACCUGCGGGGUCGUGGCCUGGUGUGUAAGACCUACCUGCCGUCCUACACGGCGUUUCGUGGCUUCGGGGGGCCACAGGGCCUGAUGAUUAUCGAGAACAUCCUGCAUGAGGUGGCUGUGAGGUGUGGCCUGACUCCAGAAAAGGUCAGAGAGAUCAACAUGUACAGAGCGGAGGAGUCCUACACCCCCUACAAGCAGCUCUUCUGUCCCAGAGACAUGGUCUGCUGUUGGACCGAGUGUCUGGAGAGGGCUGGCUACCAGGAACGCCUCCAAGCCAUCCAACUCUUCAACUCCUUCAACCGAUGGAAGAAGAGAGGUAUCUCUGCUGUCCCGAUGAAAUUUGGCGUCGGUUUCUCCAAACCCUUCUUCAACCAGGGUGCAGCACUGGUGAAUAUUUACAAAGAUGGCUCUGUGUUGGUCUCUCACGGAGGGACGGAGAUGGGACAAGGCAUCAACACCAAGGCUUUGCAGAUUGUGAGUCGCAUCCUCAAGGUGCCACUCUCCUCCAUAUUCAUCAAGGAGAUGUGCACAGGAAACGUGCCCAAUGCCUCGCCUUCCGCUGCCUCCUUUGGCAUCGAUGCCAUGGGCAUGGCUGUCAAGGAUGCCUGUGAGAAGCUGAUGAGGCGUCUGCAGCCAGUGAUGAAGAGGAGCCCCGAUAACUCCUGGGAACAAUGGAUUGUCGAGGCUUAUUGCCAGAGGAUCAGCCUAUCUGCAACCGGAUUCUUCAUGGGUGGAGACACUUUGAUGGAGUGGGAGAAGGGCGAAGGACAACCUUACUGUUACUUCACCUUUGGCGCCUGCUGCUCUGAGGUUGAGAUUGACUGUCUUACUGGAGAUCAUAAGAAUAUCCGCUCGGACAUUGUAAUGGACGUUGGAAAAAGCCUCAAUCCUGCUUUAGACAUAGGACAGGUAGAAGGGGGGUUUGUCCAGGGUGUUGGCCUGUACACCAUUGAGGAGCUCCAAUUCUCCCCAGAAGGGGUUCUGAUGACCCGGGGCCCAUCCCAGUACAAGAUCCCUGCUCUCUGCGAUAUCCCAGCAGAACUCAAUGUUCACCUGCUUGCCAAUGCGGAGAACCCCAAGGCCAUUUACUUGUCCAAGGGUGUAGGGGAGCCUCCCGUUUUCUUUGGUGGCACCAUCUUUUUUGCCAUAAAGUCAGCCAUCGCCGCUGCCCGCAGAGAGAGAGAACUGGGAGACAGCUUCUGUCUGAACUCUCCGGCCACAGCGGAGAAGAUCCGCAUGGCCUGUCAGGACCAAUUCACUCAGACGGAAGUAGACAGGUGCACUCCUUCCACUGUCAUAGAAAACAGCUGGAUGACAGGGAGCAAUCAACAUUAUGACCAGCAGAGGCACACUCUUGCCAUCGUGAAAACAGCAUGA